UCACCUGAGACAAACCGAGACAUGCAGAUUGUUGUUCUUCCACUGAGAAGAGACACAGACACUGAGAAACGAUUAGAUUCACAGCAAAGCCAGGACGUCUACUGGGGGAAAAGAGCUACAGGAAGAAUCACUGGGAAUACAAGAGAAAAUGGCUUCCAUAUCAGAGGAGGACCUGUCCUGUCCUGUCUGUCAGGACAUCUUCAAAGAUCCUGUUGUCCUGUCAUGCAGCCACAGCUUCUGUGAAGACUGUCUGAAGAGAUGGUGGAGAGAGAAACAAAUAAAGCAGUGUCCAGUUUGUAAAGCAAGAUCUUUACUGAGUGAACCACCUCGUAACUUGGCAUUAAAGAACCUGUGUGAGGCCUUCUUACUGGAGAGAGAUCAGAGAGCUUCAGCAGAGUCUGAGGCUCUCUGCAGUCUGCACUCUGAGAGACUCAAACUCUUCUGUCUGGACCAUCAGCAGCCAGUGUGUCUCGUCUGUCGAGAUUCAAAAACACACAGCAACCACAGAUUCAGACCCAUCGGUGAAGCUGCACAGGAUCACAGAGAGGAGCUCCAAAUCUCCCUGAAGCCUUUAUGGGAGAAACUGAGCGUCUUUAAACAAGUUAAAGGAAACUGUGAUCAAACAGCAGAACACAUUAAGGUCCAGGCCCGAAACACAGAGAGGGAGAUUAAGGAGCAGUUUAAGAAGCUUCACCAGUUUCUUCAAGAGGAAGAGGAGGCCAGGAUCGCUGCUCUGAGGCAGGAAGAAAAGCAAAAAAGUAAAUUAAUGAAUGAGAAGAUUGAUGCUCUGAACAGUGAGAUAGCAGCUCUUUCAGACACAAUCAGAGCCACAGAGGAGCAGCUGAGAGCUGAAGACGUCUCAUUCCUGCAGAACUACAAGGCUGCAGUGGAAAGAGUCCAGCAGCGCCUCCUGCUGGAUGAUCCAGCGCUGGUCUCAGGAGCUCUGAUAGACGUGGCCAAACACCUGGGCAACCUGACCUUCAACAUCUGGAACAAGAUGAAGAAGAUGGUCUCCUACACUCCUGUGAUUCUGGAUCCAAACUCUGCUCAUCCAGAACUUAUCCUGUCUGAAGAUCUGACCAGUGUGAGACAUGGACAGAGACAGAAGCUUCCUGAAAACCCAGAGAGGUUUGAUUCAUUCAUCUCCAUCUUGGGCUCUGAGGGCUUUAACUCAGGGACUCACAGCUGGGAUGUUGAGGUUGGAAACAGUACGGUCUGGGCACUGGGAGUGUUAGCGGAGUCUGUAGUGAGUAACGUAGACAAACUGUCUAGAUUGUUCAGAAUUGUGUUCUGUGAUGGUGAGUACACAGCAGACUCCGAUCCAGAUGACUCUACAGUUCUCCCAGUAAAGAAGAAGUUCCAGAGGAUCAGAGUUCAUCUGGAUUGGAACAGAAGAAAGCUGUCAUUUUCUGAUCCUGAUACUAACACACACAUACACACCUUUACACACACCUUUACUGAGAGGCUGUUUCCAUACUUCAACACUAUACAUGGACACCCACUAAAGAUACUACAAAUUCCUGUCUUUGUAAGUGCAAAACAGUGCAGUUAGAAAGGAAGAUGAUAUGGAUGAUGAUGUGUGAUAUGUGAGUGGUCAUGUACAUAUUUUCCUAUUGUUUCUUCUUUUGUUGUUGUGAAAUUUUCCCAGUGCUGAACUACUUUUAAAAGUGAACUAAUAAGAAUAGAUUUAAUCCCUUUCUAUUGUUUAGGCAUUUCAAUAUGGG